AUGGCAAUCGGCUCAGCUCCAACUCGCAGAAGCGGUCGCUUCAUGUCGGCAGAGGAGACGAGCGACGCGACUGAGAAUGGUUUCAACAUCUCCGGUACCUUUGUCAAGGAGAAGACUCUCGAGGCCACACCUCGAGUUCGGGCUUCCCUUGUCGAAGAACCUCUGGACCCAAAGAAGGUCAGCAAUGCUAUGACCUUCCCAGACAGGCAGCCUAACGACUUACAGGUCUUCCGCUUCAUGGAUCUGCCGGCAGAGCUACGCACACGCAUCUACUCGUACGCACCAGCCAUCACUGCAGUCUCGAAGCUCGUCCGCGAGGAGUCUCUGCCCGUGCUGUUCUCGGACUGCAGCUUCAGACUCAUCAUCGGAAGCAACGCCAACAAGUUCGGCGUGCGUCACUCUAUUGCUCGUUACUCUAAUUCUAAGUCCGAGCACUUUCGUGCUGGUACACUCGGCAUCCAGCGCGGUGUCAUGAAAGGCAUGCGAGACGUUGGACACGCUGCAAUCAUCAGAGACAUCACAUUCCACGUCUGUCCUAUCAUCUACCUAGACGCGUCCCGCGAUGACACCACCGACGCUCGCUACGGUGGAUACCCGUCACUUCACAUUACCACACAGCCGAGAUCAAGGAGCACAUUCAAGCCCGGUUCCUGGAAGUUGACGGCAGAAGAGGAGAGGAUCAUCCCCAAGGCAGAGGGCAUGGUCCAAGAGAUUGCACAGGCUGAACGUUUCAAGGGACUGCGACUAGUCGAUCUCGACCGCAUUGCGAAGUGCUUCCGUAUUUACCGUUGA